UGGUGGUAGUGGUGGUUUAAAUUUCAGCCGCGUGCACGGGUUCGCCUACGUGAGCCAUUACACGGGUCCUCGGCUUUCUCGCCGACUCGGAGGCUAUACGACCGGUCACGGCCCACGGACGCAAAUUUCGCUUACCUUCAUCAUUCGCGCGCACCUUUUCUCAUCGGUCGCUCGUGCAUGACUCGUGCGUAUCUGCCGUCAAAGCGCGACUUUGUCUCGUUCGUCUUGUCCGAAAUCCUACGUUCGAUCCCUACCUGCCGCCGCCGGCGAUAUCGGCUGACCGUCUCUCGUCCUGUGUGCAUAUGCGUGCAUGUAUAUGCGUAUGUGUGUGGGGGUGAAUGCGCGUGCUUUGUCGUAGAGGAUGCAUCGUAUUGCUGCACUGUCCGCGUCGUCUUGUUGCACCGAUUAUCGAGGUAAAGUAGCCUGCCAGGCAGACAACAGUGGCCGUCUUGCGGCACUCGAAGCUGCGAAACGGGGAAAAAUACGUCGGAGAUACGAUGGAAAUUGCCACACGUCCCCGCGGCGCGAUCGUAGAUAACGGCGCAAUCUAGGCCGGCUGGAUAGAUGAGACGGCAUUUUCCACGAUAAUUAAAAAUCUUCGGAAAACGCAACGCGCUGCGAAUUUCGACGAGGCGCAGCGCGUCUACGAGAGCUCUGCAGCGGUGCUUGCACCGCUUUCAGCAGGUUCAGCAGCUUAGAGAGAUGUUCUUUGCCGAGCCGGCUUGUCUCACGUUCAGAUUGGCCAGCGAUACCGAUCGCAUGCAAUCAGUGGCCGAGAUUCACGUCGCGGUCGGGUCACGUCGGUUGUAACUACGUGAGAUUACGCAUUACCUGCCGAUUCGCUGAUCCUAUUACCGGUCGUAAUAGGGUUUACGGGGCUCGUAGCGUGCAUCCGUACCUUUAAUCGCGGCACCUGUUAUUGGCCCCGAUAAUCUCGCAUCUUUAAAGCGCGAUAGCCGCUCUUUCUUCUCCAUUACAUCUCUCCCUUUUGCGCGCGUGGACGCUCGUUGGGGACGUUCUGAUUUUCUUCCACGAGACUCCGCGUGUGCAAACGCAGCCAUGUGUGCGCGGAAUGGCCACAUAUGUGCUCCGAAAGCGCGUUAAAUAUAUAAGUGUGUGUGUGUGUGUGUGUGUGUGUGUGUGUGUGUGAGCGCGCACGCUCUCGCGAGUACGUGUGCAUAUGUAUGUUACUAUCUGACGAGAGUAUCGUAUCACUGCGACGAUCCCUCGGCCAGUCGCGACCCUCUUCAGCGUCGCGUAAAAACAGGAAGUAUGGUAAAAACAUCAGCCGUUCCGCCGUGAUACCCGAAGCCCGUUUAAUCGGCCGCCCAGGCGGAGUGGGAGCACUGAAAAUUACCGAGAUGUAUCUCCCCGACCCGAUUCACGUGAAUCCGCCGCGAGAUUAAACGGCUUUCUACGAGCCCGAUAUAUGUCCGCGCGCACAUAUAUCCCCAUUUGUACAGAAAGAUGUGUGUGUGUGUGUGUGUAUAUAUAUAUACACACACACACACGUGCAUCGCAACGUUUCCGCAAAUUUCGUCGAAAUGCACCGUCUUCUCCGAGGCAACAAUUAGGCGUGAUAAAAUCGUUAACGACCCCCCCACGCGCGCGCAGCCGAGCGUGAGAACAACAGGGGUGAAAAAGAGGUGCGAUCUCGCGGAUAUGGAAAAUCCGAUUUGACGGUGCAACGGGAACAACGUGGCCAGGGAUCGUACAGACGGAACGUGUACCUUUCGAAUAAAGCGCGCAGUUUGCCACCCCGGCGCGUCUCGCAAGAGCGAGUUGCACGGGGGGCUGCCUUAUGGAUGAGCGUUCGAGGUCUCGCUCGGCGUGGCGGCUGGAAAUGUGUGGAUGUAGUCCGGGGGUGGUUUGUUUUGCGCUCGCGACCCGAGUCGGAAUUUUUAUCGUACUCUUUCGGCCUCGAUAUUCCAUUUAACGCUUGUUUUGACACUCUAGAGCCUACAUCGACCACUUUUGAAUGUACUUAACCUACUAACUUUACCGACAGAUACUCUUUAGAACCUAUCUACACGGAUUAGAAUGUUACAAUUUUCUUUUUUAGAUAAAUUCUUUCCAGUUUUACAUUACGUUUUUGAUAGUCUAGGAAUAGACUGUUGGUAAGGUCCAUCUUGCUAAGGAGCGAAGUAAAUUUCACUGGAAACACGACGGAUGUUUUGAUGGCACAUUUUACUUCUUAAAAUAUAAGUAGCACAUGUGAAAGUGUAGUGGAAUUACUACAGAAUGUCGACCUAUUCGGCUACAAAAUCCCCUAUAGUAAUUUUUACUGUAAAAUUCUCUUUAUAUACAAAUGGCAUUUGGUGUGUUCUCUGCCUUUGACGUUGAAUAGGAUCUCAGUUUCUGUGUAUUAUACAUACACUGAUCCUUCAGAAAGUACAGGUGUUGGAAAAUUCAGGUCCGAAAGUAGGGUUAAAAUUUCGGCUCGGAGACUCUCACCCGCCGUAUAGGAAUAUCGGCUCGUGCACGCCGGUGUGCGCUUCUUUCCCGCGGUGGAGUGUUGCGUCGAGACGAUCGGCUGUGGAUGGAGGACGAGUGUGCACACAAGAAGAAAGUGGAGAGAGGAGACGGAGGAGGCAGCGAGAGGACGAAAAAUAUGGCCCGUGUGCAUGUCGAGCGUGUCGACUUGCCUUUUUGCUCGCUUCGUGCUUCUGUCUCUUCUUCUACUUCUUCCUCCACUUCUCUUCUUUUCUCUUUGUAAAUUUCGUCGUCGCCCGCCACUCGCACGAGGAUCGUUGACCGUGUCGAAUAUUGGUCAUUGCAAAUGAGAUUCGCGGGGAUCGCGAUGCGAGCAAGUCCGCGGCGGGACUUUCCAUCCCUUCACCUGCUCUAUUUCUCGCGAGAAACUCUUUAAGUAAACCGACGCCAGGGUGGCGAGAGAGAGAGAGAGAGAAAUCGACCGAAUCGGUGGCGCGACGCGAGAGCGCCGAAGGGAAUACGCGCAACGAGAUGCCAGCUUUCGCGCCGCAUCCUGGGAGAUACGUCAGCCCGCGCGGAGGACUUUCGUGGGAAGGCUCGACGUUUUCGCACUUUUCUACUAAAUCAGCCGUUAACGUCCCUACGGAUGCGGGACGCUCUCCGAUCUACGAUCGAUAAGCGUACGCGGAUCAGCGGCUCAAUUCGACCGUCGUCGACGAUUCGUUCGUCGGCGUCGACGCCGACGCCGGAAGUGGAGCGAGAAAGAAAGGCAGAGAGGGAGAGAGAGAGAGAGAGAGAGAGAGAGAAAGAGAGAGAAAGAGAGGAAAACAAGAUUCCGCGAUGUGCGUGACGGGCAAGACGUACGAGCAAGAAAUGGAUGGGAAAAGUACGUUCGAAUCUUAGCCCGCUCUGCCCCGUAAAUAGCGUUUUGUAAGCCCCGUCACGUGAAAUCGAUAUCCCUUAAGAGCCGGUCCGUGAGGUCGUUCGUCAGAACGGUGCACCCUGUUUCACCCCCGCUGCUGGAAGAGAAGGGGAGCGCGCGUUGGUCUGCGGGGAGGUCGCGGCUGGUGGACAGAACGGACGGGGUGGCUGAAUAAAAGAAGAUGCACAGGAAGGGGCCAGCGUUUCUCACCGACAUGGGACUGCUAAUGUUCUUAGCAGUAACAGCCUCUCUGCUGGGUUACUGCCAAACGGACGAAAAAGUGUCGUUUUACGGGGCGAGCUACAUCCAUCUUCCGGUUCAAGAGGCCAAGGGUGCUACUGACAUCAGUUUCCGGUUCCGAACUCAUCUCGCCGACGCCAUGCUGCUAUUGGCCGCUGGCAAGACGGAUUACUGCCUGAUCAAACUCGAAACCGGCAGAUUGAAGGUUCACAUUAAUCUGGGCGCGGGCGAGAACGAGAUGGCGAGCGCUCGCGGAUUGACACUGAACGACCUCAGUUGGCACGAGGUCAAUUUGACGAGACGCGAGGCCAACGUCACCCUGCAGAUCGACGUGAUACACAUAGAGAGAUCUCACCUACCGGGUCGCUACUUCGAGCUGAACAUACAGUACGGGGUCUUCAUCGGCGGCCAGGGCGACUUCAACGAGCUAUUCCUAGGGCACACGGAUUACUUGAGAGGAUGCAUGGCUGACAUAAUCUACAACGGCGCCAAAGUUAUAGAAUACGCCAGGUCGAGGAGGGGCCAGUCGGAGGCAACAGCCGUAACGUGGGGCUGCUCACCGGAAUUCGACGCCACGAGGAACACGGAAGUCAGCUUCGUCGAGGACGGAGCGUUCGUCGCUAUUCCGCGCCCCAUCCCACGCUCCGGCUCGAGAUGGGAAUUCGAGCUGAAGACCGGCGCCGACGGCGGCCUGCUGCUUUAUAACACCGGGCAAUCGUCCUACGCCGAUUACCUCGGCAUUGAACUGUUCGAAGGAAAGAUUCGACUGCUGAUGAACAAAGGGAACGGCCCAUCCGAGUUGAUACACGGCACCGUGGUGGCCGACGGCAAAUGGCAUGGCGUCGUGGUGGACUUCAACCCGAGCGGCAUCGGCAUCGCCGUCGAUCGCCACGAAAAGACGAUGGCUUUGCCGUCCGGCGGUAAUCGUUUCCUCGACUUGGCCGACACGUUAUAUAUCGGCGGCACGGAGCUGAACAAGCGCGCUCGGGCGCUCGGCAAGGGCCUGCGAUCCGGCGACGUGAGCUACAAGGGCUGCAUACGAAAUAUGGUGUUGGAUAACAAGGACCUCGGUCUGCCGGACGUUAAGGUCAGCCAGGGUAUAGUCGUGGGCUGCGUAUGGGGAUUCCCCUGCUUCGAGGCCGAGCCCUGUAUAGCCGGCGCUACCUGCUCGCAGCUGGGCGUCAGCUCGUUCAGAUGCAACUGUGACCAGUCGCUAUGCACCAAGCCGAAUUACGUCGACGACUACAAGAUUUACUCCAACACCACCACUCUGCCUGUAAACCUGGAAAUUCUCUCGCUGAGUCCUCUGCUGGUCUCCGAAGGGGAGCAUGUGCUGAUAACGAGCGACAAUAUCGGGAUGGUGCUGGACAUUGCUAAGUACAACGUGGGGGAGGAAGGUGUCGUGUUCACCUUGGUGACGCCACCAACUUACGGCACAUUGGCGUUCGACUUGCUAACUACUCGGAGCGAUCACUCUUUCACGUUGCAGGAUAUCAAUCAAGACAAGAUACAAUACAUGCACGACGGUAGCGAAACCACAGAGGACAGCAUGAUUCUGGAGCUGACAUUGGUGGCCGGGACAAGCAACACGCUGCCAGGAUACCUCCAAGGACGUCUCAGGUUUCCUCUUCACGUUAAUGUCACUCCUGUCAAUGACCCUCCGUUGCUCGAGAUACCGACCGCGAAAGUGCUGCGUCUGGCCCAAGGCACGAGGAAAACACUGACUAAGGAGUUGAUAUGGGCCAUAGACGCCGACACUCCUUCGGAAAUGCUGAUCUACACGGUUUUACGAACGGAUACCGACGCCGGCCACAUCGAGAGAGUUACCACUCCUUUCCGACCGAUCGACACGUUCACGCAAGCCGAGCUGAUGCAGGGCCUGAUCGCGUAUGUGCAUCGUGGAAACGCUAAGCAGAACGCGAUGCUGGGCCUGCAAGUGAGCGACGGCAUUGAGAGCAGUCAAACAGCGUCUCUGCGUGUAUCGGCUUAUCCGUUACAAAUCAAGCUGACACACAAUACCGGCCUGGUAGUGGUGCACCGUUCGUUCUCCUACCUGACGUCCGCGAAUCUCUCGUUCGCCACGAAUUCCGACGAUAACACCAUCGACAUACGUUACGACGUCGUCUCGCCGCCGCAACACGGCGUUUUGCAAAAGCUCAGGGACGUAACCGGCAUUUGGACGAACGUCGACCAUUUCACUAGUCGGGACGUGGAAUCGCACAUCAUUCGUUACUUCCACAACGUCGGCAGUCCUAAUCAAGACGAGUUCAAGUUCCAGGCGAGCGUGCGCGAAGUGAAGACGCAGCAGACCUACGACUUCCGCAUCACUUUCAUCGACCUCGAGCUUAGGGAAGCCAGAAGGGUGCCCGUUAAUCUCACUAACACGUCGAACAUCACCAUCGCGAGCGGCCACUUGAGGUACCAGACGAAUCCAUUAGUUACGUCGCCGAGCAAGAUUGUUUUUACUCUCACCGCGGGACCAAAAUACGGCAAUUUAUUUCUGUCUAAUCGCAAGCUCGAAACAGGCGACACCUUUACGCAGGAAGACAUCGAAGCCGGCAGACUGACCUACCGUCUGUUCCGACGGGCUUACUCCAAUAUUCACGACGAAAUAACGUUUAAUGUCAAUGCUCCGCAAUGCGUCGACAUACACGCCAACCUGAAGUUCCAAUAUCACAUCGGCAAGAACGGCAAAUCGCUGGAGGCGGUGGAGAGCCUGAGGGUCGACGAAGGCUCCAACGUGACUCUGAGAAUCACGCAUAUGAAUCCGAAGGAAUACGGUCUAUCUUCUCUGACAUAUAAUCUUACAAUAAGACCGAAUCACGGCUGGCUCUCGAUCGCUAGUACUUUGCGAUCGCCGGAACAAAGGAACGUCUCGUCUUUUACGUUUGAGGAUUUGUCGGCACUGGCGGUGUACUACGCGCACGACGAUUCCGAGACGAAAGAAGACUCUUUCGAAUUCGUGGCUGUGUCCACGGACUCCGUGGACUUCAUGUACGUCGGGCGAUUUCGCAUCGAGAUCACCAUGAAGAACGACAAUCCGCCGGAACGAACGGUCGGCCGGAUUUUCCACGUCGUGUCGAAGGGCGAGAAACUAAUUACUAACAAGGAUCUUGCUUACACGGACAGGGACAUCGGCACUAAAGCGAGCGAGCUCGUUUAUACUAGAAAGGACGGCCGGAAGAGCGGGAUAUAUCGGAUUACCAAUCCCUCGGUGCAGAUACGCGAGUUCACACAACAGCACAUCAACGACGGCGUGAUACUUUUCCGGCAUCAAGGUGACGAACACGAGACAAUUGAAUUCGGCAUCACGGACGGUCACUUUUACAGAACCGGCGCACUUGAAAUUCAAGCCAGCCCGCCCUAUAUCAGAUUGCGCGAGAGCAACGGUUCGGUGGUGCAAUUCAACAAGUCCGUGGUGCUUCAGCCGAAGGAACUGGAGAUUGAAACGAACGUGUACACCACCGAGAAGGACAUCAAGUACACCGUGUGGGAGAAACCAAAGCACGGCAUACUGCUGAAGCACGGUAGGGAGUCCAACGGUUUCACGGAGGACGAUUUGAGGCACGGCAUCAUCGCGUACAGGCAUCUGGGUGGGUCCUUGACAAAGGACGUUUUCAAGUUUAAAGUGUACGUGAAGGGCGCGGAGACUGAAGGGACGUUUGCGAUCAAAGUCUACCCGGAGAGCUAUUGGGAGUCGUUGAUCGUUCAAAGUAACAAGACGAUAUUCGUCGAGGAAGCUACGAGCGUUCUGCUGAGCCGGAAAAGCCUCGAGAUAAUGCAUCCGAAAAUAUCGCCGAGCGAGAUCGUCUACUACGUGCGGGAGUGGCCGUUGAACGGCUAUCUGGACCUGCAGAUCCACGACGAGCACAACAGCGAGGAGACCAAGGAGGAGUACAGCGGCAACGCGGUGAAGCGCUUCGAGCAGAGCCUCAUAAACGAUGGCCGCGUUUUUUACGUUCAAUCGGUGAUGAAUCAGACGAACGAUCGCUUCGUCGUCGACGUUACUAACGGCAUCAUAUGGCUGCGCGGCCUCAGCGUGAACUUCGUCAUAGUGCCGGAGAAACUCUACGUCGAGGCAAAGGGCUUCCUCGUGGUGGAAGGGAAGAGUGUGAUAUUGGACGAGUCUAAGUUCUCAGUAGUGACGCCUUAUUACGCCGGCAAAGUGACGGAUUACAGGGUCGUGGAAAAGCCGAGGCACGGCACGAUCGUCGACUCCACUAAGAACGCCCAGGUGAAAAAGUUCUCGCAGAAGCAUCUGAACGCCGCAGUCAUACUCUACAAGCACAACGGGGAUGAAUUCCCGAGGGAUUCCUUCAGGAUGGUAGUCACAGCCGGCGACAAAACCAGCGAGCCUUUCGACGUACCGGUCGUCGUUCAGCCCGUCAACGACGAGCUACCAGUUCUGGUGAACAGAACCAGGCUGAACGUCUGGCAAGGAGGAUCUGUUAUCGUGACGUCCGCGAAUCUGGCAGCCAUAGACAACGACACCGACCCGUGCGAUAUCACGUUUAACGUGACCGGAGUGAGGAACGGAUACAUUUCAUUAAUUAACUCUCCCGAUAUGGACAUCUAUAAUUUUACGCAGAGUCAAAUUAACGAGUCGCAAGUGGUAUUUACGCAUACGAAUGGCUCCGACGGCGAGUUCAACUUCGUAUUAAGCGACGGCGUACACACGACGGAAUCUUACACAACCUUGGUCGCCACAAAGCCAGUUCGUUUGAACAUUGAGCACAAUAUGCCGCUUAAUGUCUUCCCUCUUACCAGGAAAUUAAUAUCGGACAAGCUUUUAUUAACGACUUGUUCAGACGAAGCGAGAGAGAUUAGAUACACUGUGCGAAAUGGACCCCAUUUGGGCAAAGUUAUAAUGGAGACAAGUGAGGGCGUAUGGCUCGAGGUCGAGCGAUUUACUCAGAGAGAUAUAAACAAUAGCAAAGUGAUUUACGAGCACACUAAGCAGUUCAUGGACCUGACGGCCAACGACUCUUUUACGUUCGACGUAGAAGCUCACUUCGCUGGAACUUUAACGAAUCAGGUUUUCCAAAUAGAUAUAUCAGUUUCAAGCGGUGGCCUAGACAGAUAUAUUUCAGCGAAGAACGUAAGAGUCGUGGAGGGUGGUUCCGCAGAGGUCGUCAUGAACAUCAGCGGUAUCGUGUCGUUUUUGCAAAUCAAUGCCGGGAUCGAAUAUCCGGCGGUUCUCUCGAGAUUGGUUCAUCAGCCCAGCCAUGGACAUGUGAUGCUUCUGCCAGACUUGAACGUGACCACCUUCACGCAGCCGCAGAUCGAGGGUGGAAAGAUAGCUUACUACCACGACCACUCGGACACUCUAGAAGAUCGCAUACAGUUCUCCCUAUACUUGACACCCGGUCACGUGUUACUCUGCAACACCAGUGUGCCCGUCGUCAUCGAGCCGGUCAACGAUCAGCCAUUCAAGCUCGUUACGAACGCCCCGCACAUCACGGUCGUUCAAAAUCAAAAUCAGACCAUCACACAUGAGGAUCUCUUCACCACCGAUCCCGACACACCACCGGAGGAGAUCGUUUACGACGUGAUCUCGGGACCGACCUACGGCAGAUUGCUGCUUUUACCCUUCGACCAGAACACGUCGGAGGUGCGACAAGUGAACAAAUUCUCUCAGUACGACGUGGACUCGAAUCGAGUGGUGUACGAGCAUAACGGACCGCUGCAAGCGGCUUCCUUCUACUUCAGAGUCUGGGACGGUCGGUUCAACCCGGCUUACACCGUCUUUAACGUCCACGUAUCGCCCAUACUUCUGAACGUGACGGUGCUCGGGCCGGUGAGCUUGCAGCAAGGCUCAAACGUGGCCCUCCUGUCCGAGAACAACGUGAAACUCGACACGAACGCGCGGCAGGAUCUAGUGAUCUACGAAAUCACGACGCAUCCGAAGCACGGGGUGCUGUAUGUGAGGGACAACGUCGCGGCGACCUUCAAACAAACCGACCUGCUGUCGAAGAACGUGAUGUUCAUGCAGACGGACAUGACGGUGUCGAACGACAGCCUGGAACUGUCGGCGCGCUUGAGCAGCUUCGAGCAGGAACACAUACGCGUGGACAUCAAGGUGAUGCCACUGAUGAUCAUGAAUCCGAUGAUCGCGUUAGCGGGCGAAAAGAACCAGAUAACUCUCCGGUAUUUAGACGCGACACCCUUGGCGAAGUUAACGACUAGCAAUCCCCUCUACACCAUUGUGAAAAAGCCGAAGUUUGGCAAGAUCAAAAGAAUUAUCAGAAGCUCCACGUCGUCCGGCGAGAAGAGGGGCACGCGUGAACGGGAGGUAGCGCGUUUCUCGCAUCAGGAGAUCGUUUCUGGCGUGAUAUAUUUGGUCUGCAGGAAAAUACCCUCGAUGGAGUACGAAGGUAUCGCGGAUAGUUUUAGUUUCAUCUUAGCCGCGUCCAUCUUUCAGCCGGCGAUGGACGACUUCGAAUUUCGGAUCAAGCACGACACGGACGACGAUAACAUCACUUUGGGCGGCCCGAUGGACCCGGUAGGCCACGAAGGCGAGAUGGCGAUCGCACCGAACAUGAGCAACGACUACCUGCUGAUUCUCGGCAUGUUGCUCGGCGUGUUUCUCCUCGGAGUAGUGGUGAUUAUCACGAUCAGGUGUCGGCACAACCGAUACAAGCAUGCCGAGGAGGAGAAACCGGAGAGCACACCUGCUGUCGGCGUGAUGCCGCUUCCCAGACCUCCGGAUCACCUGAUGCCUGCAACUCCGCACCUCAAGCCCUUCGGCAACGAUCACAAUAGCGUGACAGCCAGCACGCCAUUGCCGGUAUUGCCGUCGACGUUGCCGCAGUGCAAGGUGAUACCGUUGAGUCCUCUGGAGAGCAGCUCAGAGGUCGACGUGUCCGCCAGGUACCCUUACGGGGUAGCGGACGGCGACGAGUGGAGUAGCUUCGACACUUCCGAGCUACCCUGCCAGUCGGCCACAACUCAGAGGACCAAGAAGAACCCGCUGCUGAGGAGGGAUCAGUACUGGGUCUAGCAGGAGACGAACGCGUUGCGGUUCAUGCGAAGGAAGCCGUAGCGUCUCGCCAAGUGUCUCGUGCGGAACUAUAUCGAAACAAUCGUGGAUAUCACGGACUUAAUGUGCCUAAGGAAAGUGAAAUCUACGACGAGGUUUACGGUAGUCGUUCGUCGAAGCCCGGAGUCAUCGCGGCGAACGCACGAGGUCGACGGUGAGCGUGAGAACUACGUGAAAUUUCGAUGGUGCGGCGAGACCUCGGUGACUGUGUCGGCGUGUCGGUGCAUCGUCCGACUGUAGUUCGGACAGCAAGAGAAGGAGAGAGGAAAGACGAAGGAACUUGUGGAGAGAGACCCGCGGAUCGAACGGGAACGAUCGAUAGACUCGCGGGUAGUUCGCAGUGUCUCGUGUACUACUAGCCUAAAACGAUAUAAGCAGAAAUCUAGAGAACCUCUUUGAAUGUCACGACUAUCGCCGCUAUCACGAGCUCAAUGUGCCUAAGAGAUGUCUGACUCUGCUGACAUUUUUCCACUAAUCGCAAUCGUCGAUUUUUCGUGUACGCCCGCUCAACGUUCCUUCCCCUUCGGCGGAUCGAUAUGUACGACUGACAAACGAAAACGGCAAAUCAUAAUUGUUCGCUGGAUAUACCGAGAAAAAGAGAGAGGGGGGGAGGAGAGAUUCCUGUCGGUAAAAAUCAAUUCCGAUUCUAAACCGGAAAUCUGUCCGUCGGUUUACUGACUCGUUUUAGAGUGCAGACCUUCAGAAGGAUCCGUAAUAACUUCUUUUACGUUUUUCUCUAUCUCUUUCCACUUUUUACACUUUUUGUAAACUUAGAACAGUAAGAAAUACCGAGUUACGAAAAUGGCAUUUAUCGAUCCCCUACUGUCGUAAGUUUCAGGCGAAAUCAAAACCGAGGCGGAACUUUCGCUCUGCCUUAAGCUACAUAGAGACAAAGGCCAGGAUCGGGUAAAUGGGGCAAUGUAGGAAUCGCGCGACUGCGAUCGUAAAACGAUCCGUCGUCUGCACAACGCGAACGAACACCUGCAUGCUCCUCUUACAAGUUCCUUGUCAUCGAAGCGCAACCGAAUGCAUUUAUAUUAACACGACUGUACUCCAGUUUUGACAUAUCUUUUUAUACCAUUGUAUUUGCCCGAGUCGAGCUUUGAUUUUCCUCGAAUGAUACAAUUCCAUCCUAUCGUUACUUCGACUAUCUCGGUGUUAUCCUUAGCUCAUAUCGUGCGAAUAAACGUAACUCGACAAUUAGUCGUUCGUUCAUUCGUUCGGUGAAACGCGAACACGCGUCGCUAGAACGGCGAAGUCGCGCCGUUUUUCUCUUUACGUAGAAUGCGUUGAAUUAUGGCUCCCGUUAAGAAAAAAUGUACAACAUGCAGCAUAUUAAGGAAUCAUGUCGACUGUUUAUUGCGAUCUCAGAUAGGAGCGAAACUUAUCGAUCGAUAGCGUUACUCAGUAAACAUCAACUGACAGCAAUAUUACAUCAAUAUUAUAAUUUCUCACUCAGUAAUGCAACUGUCAUGUACAAUAUAUGUUAUAUUUAAAAAAAUGUAAUCUCAUCUUUCGCGGAAUCUUCUCACGUAUGGUAUUAAGAAGAUUCAUCUAAAGCCAAAAGAAAAAUAUUCUGAAAACAAUAUUCUUGAAGUUGAAGGAAUUUCGUCUGUUAUCUACACACACAGUAUGAGUUUUAUUCUUAAUAGAAAUAUUUUCUAGUAAGAAGACAUUCUGCUUUAAGCAUAUUUCUCUUGAUACAAAGUGAAAAAAAAGAAAAUAAAUAUCUAGUAGAUUUAUGAUUAAUAGUUCACUUCAUUAGAAGAGAAUUACUCUUUCGAUUCACUGAGAAAAAAUAUUUGAAAAUUUGUGAGAUAUAAAGUUCCUUUCUUAAGAUAAAAUUUAUUUCAAUAAAAUAAACUUUUAUCCCACAAAUAAAUAUUCAAAUAUUUUUUCCUCAGUGUAAACGUUUCCGCUUAAAGAAUACGAUUAUAGGAAAAGGUACCUUGUAACCACAUUGAAAAAAAAAUAUUUGCAAAUUUAUUCGUAGGAUAAAAAUUUAUUCUCCACAGAGAUAAACUUGAUAUUCUGCAAAUAAAUUUUUAAAUAUUUUUUCUCAGUGUAGAGUUCUUCUUUUUAGGUGUCAGAGAGAAUUUUUUUUGGUGUUUAGAAGAAUCUCCUUGAAAUUAUAUAUAAAAGGAUUCCGUAAAGUUAUAAUUUUUUGGGUGUAUAUUACAUUUAUACAUUGCUGAGUGGGAAAUUUAUAACACCUAUGUAAUGUUACCCUCAAUUGGAGUUCUGGGUUCUGAAUUCUUCCGCCGCAAAUCAUCGUUUUUCAACGUUUUCUUCACGACGAAGCGUUACAACGAUUAUCUUUAAUGGAACUACGUAGCAUCGCCUACGGGACGCGCAAUUCAUCCGUUUUCCCGCAUGAUUCGUCUCUGUAGUGAGCGAUAGACACUUUGCUUAGGCGACGCCAGAUAACACGACUGUUCGACGUAUCUCAAAUUGCGAAUUAUCGUUAACGGUCUAAGUCUGUAAGCCGUUUUUUACAAAAGUUCGUAGGACUGUCCUACUACGAGUCGUUGACGCGCGGCGAGUUCGUAAUUCAUAAGCGAUGAACGGGGUUGUGUAUGUAUGUGUAUGUAUGUAUACGUGUGUGUGCACGGUUCCGGUAUUACGAAAGAGAAAUUUAUUGAUAGGGGCGUGUUGACGAGUUCGUUGAUUCUUAAGAGAGAUUUUACGUUACGUUACCCUUAUAUACGCGAACUCACUUAACGAAUCCGCUUCCGGCCAAUGCCAAGCAACCGCGUGGUGAAUUAUCGUUUUUAUCGCUCGCGAUUGUAGUUAUUAAAAGAUCAGGUGAAUCUCAGGCCGAUAUGAGCGUAUUAAACAUAAAGAUUACACGUCAACGAAGUAAAGAAAAACGUAACAUUCGACGUGAUACAAAUCGCAUAAUAAAUUAGAACUCACUGAAUGGCCGUGAUAGUUUUAGACAUAUGAGUCUAUUUUACAUAAGUUACUAGCAUUGCUUUCGUUAAGAUUAAACAACGUUGCCGUUGUCAAAUGUUCAAAUUGAAAUUCUGUACAUUUCUGAAGCAGAAGCUCAGGCGGACGUCUGGCCGAAAGUGGAUUAACGGCGACUUCCUUAAAAAGAAUCUUAGAAGCGUAUCUAAUAAAGCAGUCUAAUGUGAAUGUUGAUUAUAGCGAUUGUAAUGAUAUAUAAUAUAUAUAUAAUGCGAACACACUCUCCUACACGCGCGUAGAACGUACUACCGUUCCAUGGAUUGAUAGCAUACGCAUUGAUAGAUUCUAAUUAAAGACGUUUUAUCAAGACAGAGAGAGAGAGAGAGAGAGAGAGAGAGAGAGAGAGAGAGAGAAAGAGAGAGAGAGAACGAGAGAAAAAAAGAGACACCCGUUCGUUGAUUCAUGAAUAUGCUAGAGACGAACCGUUAGGCUUUUUUACAUCCAUCAAAAACGAACUGAUCCGAGUGCCAAACUUCUAUAAUAUGAUAUUGUAUAAUUACUAUAGGAAUGUAUUUUCCCUGCCGACUGAAUGCAUUACUCUUCUAAUUCUAAUAAAUUGAAUGUGCGAUGUUAAGUAAA